GAGUUGUAGUCUCAGGCAGGGAGCGGGCGCUGGCGCCCCAGCCACGCGGACUCCACGUCCCGGCGGGCGGCGCGGCGCGGCCUGGAGCGCCAGGGGCGGGGCUGCUCGGCCCUUUAAACCUUGCUGGCAGCUCCCGGGGCCUCAGCCUGAGCCGGCGCCACGAGGGGGCCGAGCGGGGUGCAGCGGCGGCGCAGCCAUCCGGGCCAUCCGGGGAGGCCAGGGCGGCUGAUGAUUUUGGCAAAAUAUCUUAAGGUAGCCGGACCCAUCCCUACUUCCCCACCUACCUCUUGUCCUCUCCCCCACACCACCACCAUCCUGGCUCCCCUCCCUCAUGACCGCCUGGAUCCUCCUUCCUGUCAGCCUGUCAGCCUUCUCCAUCACUGGCCUAUGGACUGUGUAUGCCAUGGCCGUGAUGAACCGCCACGUGUGCCCUGUGGAAAACUGGUCAUACAACGAGUCCUGCUCUCCUGACCCCGCUGAGCAAGGGGGGCCUAAGACCUGCUGUACUCUGGAUGAUGUCCCCCUCAUCAGCAAGUGUGGCACAUAUCCCCCAGAGAGCUGCCUCUUCAGCCUCAUUGGCAACGUGGGAGCUUUCAUGGUGGCACUGAUCAGCCUUCUGCGCUACGGGCAGCUCCUGGAGCAGAGUCGUCACUCUUGGCUUAACACCACGACGCUCAUCACAGGUUGCACCAACACCGCAGGCCUUGUGGUAGUUGGCAACUUCCAGGUGGAUCAUGCGAAAUCGCUACACUAUGUUGGAACUGGCUUGGCCUUCUCUGCUGGACUGCUAUUUGUCUGCCUGCACUGUGCCCUCUCCUACCAUGGAGCCACUGCCCCCCAAGAUCUGGCUGUGGCCUACCUGCGGAUCGUACUGGCAAUCAUUGCCUUUGUCACCCUUGUCCUCAGUGGUGUCUUUUUCAUCCAUGAGAGUUCUGAGCUACAGCACGGCGCAGCCCUAUGUGAAUGGGUGUUUGUCAUUGACAUCCUCGUUUUCUACGGCACCUUCAGCUAUGAGUUUGGGGCAGUCUCCUCAGAGACACUGGUGGCAGCACUGCAGCCCACCUCUGGCCGGGGCUGCAAGUCAUCUGGAAACAGCAGCACCUCCACUCACCUCAACUGUGCCCCUGAAAGUGUCUCCAUGAUCUGAGGUCUCGGCGGGGUGGGGGGGUGGGGGGGUGGCUGGCCAGGUCUCCACAGCUCCCCACCCCACAUCUUCUAAGCAUUUACUUUGUACCAAAAGCAAUCCUGAGAAAGUAUUCAGUUGGGAUACAGGCUUCCUCACUCCUAGAGGAGUGGCCAUCCAUAACCACCCGUGCCAUAGAGGGGCUGGCCCUGGCAUCUGCCUAAGCUACACAUGACCUACUCCCCACUGCCACCACCAGUGUUGAUUUUUUGUGAUACUGGUGCCAGGAAUCAAACUCAAGGUCUCGUGCAUGCAAGGCAUGCACUCUAUUCCUGAGCCGCCUAUCAGUUGGUUGUUUUUUUUUUUUUUAAUGUUUAAAGGUCACCUAUUCUCAUUCACCCAGCCAACCCUUCAGGUGCCUUCUACUUCCCAGUGCCAAGGCCAGACCACUGGGGUUUCCUGCUGCAGUUACUGGGGGCUGGGAACAGCAAGAGGAAUAAAAGGGGUGGGGGUGAGGCUCCUUAGUCUGUGGGAAGACCCACUUUGGGCUCAGUGAGCUGUAAUGGAAUUCUUCACCCUACUCCUUACUUUCUUUAGAGCAAAUAAUACAACAGAACCACAUGGGUAUUUUAGUACUUUUUAUAUAAAUAUAUAUUAUCUAUUAAAAGAAUUCUAAUUUG